CGAAAAGAAUAGAGCAACAUUUAUCACGCUGAAGACAUUCUUAUAGCAACGUCGGGAACUACAGAAAGCAAGCGACCUAUGCAUAUAUCACAAUUGAUGCCCAAAUAUCAAUACCAACAUUGUUGAAGUCCCAAAAUGAGCAAUCAAGCCCUCCAGCAGCGGGUGUUGGAACUCGAGGAGCUCGUGUCCACCCUGCAAGAGGAGAAUUACUUUUUGCGACAGCGCGCCUCCUCGUCCAAAGGGCCCUUGAAAGUGGUGAAUCAUUUUGAUGAUGUCGGUUCCAACAAGAAAGACGACAGUCCGCCGCUAAGGACCUCUCCACGGACCCCGCACGGACACCAGCCCGGCACGACACCACUGCAGGACAUUCCCUACGAUCCGGAUAGUGGGGCGACGCGCUCCAGCCCGGAGGAGCGGAUACCCGACGAGGAUUGGUUCCGGUUCCGACCCAGAGCCGCGUGGCUGAUUGCGCUGUUGAUACUGCAGUCUACAAGUUCGUUCGUAUUAGCGAGUUUCAAGGAGCUAAUCCAAAAACACCCCUCGAUCGUGUAUUUCCUUACCAUGCUAGUUGGCGCCGGCGGCAAUGCCGGCGGCCAGGCUGUGGUGUACGCGGUCCGGCGGCUCGCGCUGGGGAAGCCGGUGGACACACUGCACCAGAUGAAGAUCGGGUUGCUGCUCGGGGUUACUUUGUCAAUCGCGACCGCAGCGCGGACCGCCGUGCAGCAAAUAACGUCGUUUCACACCGGGUGCGCACUCAGCGGGGCAAUGUUCUUUAUCGUCGUGUUCGCGGUGGCUUUCGGUACUAGGGUUUUUACUGUGUCUAUGUACUUAUCACGUUUCUAGUAAGCGCUUUCGCGUUUUGGUGUGUCUGUGUGCCAUACAAAAAAUCAUAUGGUAUCAUGCAUUCGAUUCUCUGGUCGUGAAAGUGGAUCCGAUUCAGAAAUAAAACGCAAACGGAGUGUUGUUUUGCACCACAAACUGUACUAAACCUACAUCAGGUACGCUCCUUCCCCAGCUUUUCCAAAAGGUCGGGAUAGAUCCGGCGCACGCCACCGCGACUAUCCAAGUCGGCAUGGACAUCUUCGGGAUCUGCAUCGCUUGCCUCUUCGCAACGGUCAUCUACGAGCUGACAGAGGACUCCGGGCACAUCAUUCCUCCCAACUCGUCGCAAAGGCUCCGGGGGGGCUCCAACGCCUUCACAGAGGAGCAGCAAGAUCACGACGGCAUGUCACAUCCUGCUUUUGGGCACGGAGCUGCUGGUGCGCCGGGUUAUGUGCCGAAGAAGCACAUAACGAGAUACGAAAAGGACCUCAAAGAGUUUGGCUCACUCUACACGGAUAUCUACAACUGAUGUGCCACAAGAACUUAUUGGACAUUGACAAUGUGGUGGACUUUGUGCAUAGUGGAAAUAAAGCUACCUUCCCGCCGACCACAAAUCAAAAUGAACUAAACAUGGACUGUUUCUUUUGGAAUGUUUAUCCGCAUGCCAGAGAACAAUCUUGAUCUAGGAGCAGUUUCCAAUUUUGAUGCGAACUCUGUUUCUCCAGCUAUGAACCUGGAACUCGAUACAAUGAAAUUUUGGUUGAAUGAAGAGCACCAUUAGCUGUGCCAGAUAUUCCUUGAUGAUGCAAAUCAACAAAGGCCACGAAAUUAUCACGUUGUUCCAACUACGUCCAAAGAAAUCGUG